GGGGGGAUCGUCCAGUGUCGCCGGGCCCCGCCGGGCAGUGUGGGACGCGCCGCCGCCAUGAUCAUUCCCGUGCGUUGCUUCACCUGUGGCAAGAUCGUCGGCAACAAGUGGGAGGCCUACCUGGGGCUCCUGCAGGCCGAAUACACCGAGGGGGAUGCCCUGGACGCCCUGGGCCUGAAGCGCUACUGCUGCCGCCGGAUGCUGCUGGCCCACGUGGACCUGAUCGAGAAGCUGCUCAAUUAUGCGCCCCUGGAGAAGUGACCAUGCCGACCAUGGGCUGUGAGCGUCCUGCCCCGUGUUCAUGAGACUGAGGCAUCUGGGGAGGCCUGGCUGCAGCGUGUGGAUCGUGUCCCAUCCCCCACUCUGGAAGUAAACAUCCAGUAAAGGUCUUUGAGAACCAC